AUGGUCAUGUUGAUGUUUUGUAGGUUAUGCACAAUUCGCACCGUUGAUGGUACUGCAAUAACUUCAUUUCUUGUGCACGAAUGUGAAGGCUCGAAUCGUAUGGGUUCAAGACCAAGAAGAUUCCUGUUCACAGGUACCUCCGGUGGUUCAAUUCAGCAGCAUUAUGAGAAAAGAUUGGAAUUCAUAUUAUCAAGAGAUUUGAGGACUUCCUUCACUGGAGUCACUGAACAGUUGGGAGGAAUUCAGUUAUUCUUGCUUAUAUCGCAGAUGUGGGAUUUGACGACAGCACUGGACCAGUAUCAUGCAAAUUUAGUGUCACCAAGUCUCACGUUAAGCACUCAAGGAAAUGUAGCUGAGAAGCCGACUAGUGCUGCUACUGCUGGGGCCUCUUCUGCUGCUACGGCUUCUAAUGCUAAUGCUAUGCUGCUCGCACAUCGAUCCCACGCUGCAGUGCGACAGGGCCCAACAGCUGAUGAGCUACUGAAUUUGAUCGACGGUUGUGAGAUUUGCUGUGCAAGCCUGAAUACAACUCCGUCGAGCACCCCACAUGCAUCUUCCAUACAUUUACCUGGACUUGAUUAUCAGCGGCCAUACUGA